AUGGAUGUAAACGGAGAACGAUUUCUUAUAUCUAUGCCACGAAAGUUUCGAAACAGCAUUUGGGUUAAAAGAGGCGAUUUUGUUAUCAUUGAGCCCAUCGCCGAAGGUGACAAAGUUAAAGGAGAAAUCGUAAAAAUUCUAAGAAGGGAGCACAUAAAGUAUUAUCAGUCGCAAAAUUGUUGGCCUCAGGAAUUUCAACAGAAACGACACGAGAGUAAUGGCGAUGCAGAUAACGAGGAAGAAGAUGAUCCAAAGGAUAAUGAGGAAAAAGAGGAAGAUGAUCUCUUCGUGAACACAAAUAGAAGACCCUUAAAUCACGACACGACGGAAACUGAAAGUGAUUCAAGUACCGAAGCUUCUGAUUCUGAUUAA